AUGGGAAGACCUCAGACUCAUCUUGCAAUGAAAAAUGCCAAGGCUAUGGCACUGAAAUGUUGCAUUCUCCGUCUUCUUAACGGCGGAUCGGAUGACUCAGAUACGACUACCGCAAACUCACCAAAGACUACAACCACACCCGCAGCCCAACAAAAUGCCAAUAAAGCAAACCCUACAUCCGUAAUUACGCGCGCCAGCACUCUCGUGGUCACCGCAGCUGGUGGACAGACACAAGCUCAAACUACAGUGAUCACAACGACGCAGUCUCCGAAGUCUGGCGGAGGAACAAACACUGCGGGGAUCGCAGCGGGCGUUGUUGUCGGAGUGGUCGCCAUUGCGGCCAUCGCGGGUGGACUGUUCUUUUUCCUCCGAUAUAAAAAGAGGAAGGCGGUUGAAAAUGAGUAUCGUCAGAAUGCGGCGAUGAGCAGCUACAACAACCUCAAGCCGUCGCCAAGUUCUGCUGGGUCGACCUCCGACUCGAGGCUAGAACCUUCAGUGAUGAUGCAGCGACGGCAGAGCGACGGCAGUAUUGCUGACAACCAAGACUACUCCCGGAGGAUAUUGAAGGUCACGAAUCCUGACCAUUCAUAA